CCUCAAACAGCAAACAGAAUUCAGUAGAGUUUCCGAAACUGACAGAACGUGACCACGGCGCUUGAAUGUUUACAUCUACGGCAGCUCUCAAACCAAAACAUUUCGCGCCACACGCAGAAUUCGUGGUCACUUAAAAGCCAGCGGCAUGGACGAAGAAGUUGAGGAACUGCUGCAUCGACCACUGAGACCCCUACUGAUGAGAGCGAACGCACCAAACCAGGUCCGGUUGGUGCCCAUUCUUUCGGUUCAGCGCCUCGAGGAAAGGGGGGAUGGCCAGCCGCCAAGGAUGGGCAAUGUUAACAGACUUCUCAUGGUGGUCCGUGACUCGGAGGACCCACCGGUGCCCAACCUCAACAUGUAUAUUCGUCCCAACGAGACUGUCAUCAGCCGAACCCCCCAACCGACCCAACCAACAGCUGCCGCACAAAGUACGGCGCCAGCUGCAGCUGAGCCGACCGUGCCUUCAACCAACCCUGCCCCUCAAAAUUCGGUGACCUCCUCUAUUGCUGCCCGACAGAAAGUUCCUUGGGAGGAGUUUAAGACUUUCAACAACAACAAACGUCGUCGCAUCGAUAAACAAAGAGCGCUUGUAAAGUCGAUGCGCGCAAGUGAAAAAAUUCGCAUCCUGGAAAUGCGAAGAGAAAAACUGACUGCCGCCGUGAUGAAAGGCAAAUUGGAGCUCGAGUACCUGGGCGUGCAGCUGCACGGCAUGGAGUCGGGUGACUACCCUUCCACCUUUGGCCCCAUCGUCAGGCUCCAAAAGCAGAAGCUCAAGGACAAACUGGAUCAGCUCAAAACGCUCUUUGAACAGUUCAAGGACGAACUGGCCGUGUACAAAAAGGAGAAGAGCGGGUUAAAAGACUUGUACGGCUUAAGUGACUCAAAGAAAGCUCCAGCGUCGGCCGGAGAUCAGUUGUAGUGCAAACGUGAUGGACUUAGCCAAUGAGAAAUGGACACGCAAUAAAUUUUGUACUACAAAGUGAGAUAAUUUUGUGAUUUUGACUUUUGCGAAAUUAAUUGAAUUAAAAAUACUGCUUCCCCACACUCGUUCUAGUAUGGUGCAGUCCUUGAUUCUUAA